GUCAGCAGCGGGGUAGCGGCCGUUGCGGAAAGCAGAGAACGCCACGACGGAGGAGGAGCCAACAGCUGGAGAGAAAUAUAUCCGUUAAACAUGAAAACAGAGCGUCCUUGUGUCACUUCCUGUCUUGCAGCUGUUCACUCAUUCAAGGCUUCUUCACGUAAUCGAGACAUUUGUAUCUUUUAUAGCAUCGACAGCUGUCCAGGUUAAAAUGUUAUGACUAUUAUUCUAUAUCUUUGGGAUAUUUUGUACGACUUUAUUGCACAUCUGACAUUAGAGAGACGGCGGGAAAUGACAGAGGGGAAAAGGAGACAAAGGGGAAACAAAACAGAGAUAUUGUGGCAAAUGCAGGACAUAUUUAUUUUAGAAAUUAGAUGAAUUGGCUCAAGAACUGAUUUGAAGUCAGCUCAUAAAGAUGAUUUUUAAGAACUUUUAUUUUGUAAUUAAAUAUCAGAAUGUCUUGAUUGUCUCCGAGUGACUUCUUGAGGUGGUCUACUAUUAUUAGACCACCAACUAUGGACCAUUUCCUCUCAAAUUUAAUGUGAAAUAAAAUACAUUUGUGUCAUGAAUGUGAUUUUUCUAGAGCUUUUAUUUUGAAAUUCAACAUCAGAACGUCCCAAUAUUAGAAGAGGUACCUUCCUCUUUUUUUCAAUUCACCAUUCAUUGUUUUUUAAUCAUUCAUUUAGUUCAAUUUAUUAAUAUUUCAUACUUUAAUAUAAUGAAAAAUAAAUUGUCAUGACGUCAUCUCGCAGCCGGUGUUUUUUUCCUUCCGGAGAGGGCGUGGCUUGCUGACGCAUUGCGGCUCCCUCCCCCGGUGCGUUAAACUUGUUGCAAAACACGGCGGCGCGAGAGCGCACCAGUACACGUGUAUGUGUGUUCAACAUACGCGCGUGCGCACGCGCUCUUGUCUCACCUAGCAGCGUCAGUCUGCAUGUGGGCUCGAGCCGGAGCCGAAUCAUCCGCGAGCUGCAAACUGGCGCAGGGAUGUGGCGCACACCGCCUCACCGCCUCACCUCCCCCCGCUGACACAUCACGGUUAAAGUCACCGGUGAAGAUAACCGUUGGGUGUUUGUGAAGAAAUGGCGGCUCCGCUCGCCUGACAGGGGAGUGCGCACCUUUUUUUUUCUUUUUUUUUCUUCCUCUCUUUUUGCCCCAAAAGGCGAAAACCGUUUGUUUUUUGUCCUCCGUUCCUCAUCGACGGUCGAGUAAAACGGAGCCAUGACGUCGGGUCAGGAUGAAAGCUCGGUCCGUGUGGCGCUGAGGAUCCGUCCUCAGCUGGCCAGGGAGAAGAUCGAGGGAUGUCACAUCUGCACAUACGUGAUGCCCGGCGAGCCCCAGGUGAUCCUGGGCAAAGACAAGUCCUUCACCUACGACUACAUAUUCGACAUGGACUCCCAGCAGGACGCCAUCUACGCCAGCUGCACGGAGAAGCUGAUCGAGGGCUGCUUCGAGGGCUACAACGCCACCGUCCUUGCAUACGGACAGACGGGCUCGGGGAAGACCUACACCAUGGGCACGGGCUUCGACGUCAACAUCGGCGAGGAGGAGCUGGGCAUCAUCCCGCGUGCCGUCCACCACCUCUACCAGGGCAUCGAGCAGCGGCGCCAGGCCGCCCAGGAGCAGGGAAGCCCCGCCCCCGAGUUCAAGAUCAACGCCCAGUUCCUCGAGCUUUAUAACGAGGAGGUUCUGGAUCUGUUCGACUCCACGCGGGACGUGAAGCAGAAAUCUCACAUCAAGAUCCACGAGGAUACCGCCGGGGGAAUCUACACGGUGGGGGUGACCACCCGGACCGUGUCCUCCGAGGCCGAGAUGAUGCAGUGCCUGAAGCUCGGGGCUCUGUGUCGCACCACCGCCAGCACGCAAAUGAAUGUCCAGAGCUCCCGGUCCCACGCCAUCUUCACCAUCCACCUGUGCCAAGUUCGCGUCUGUGCCUCCGACAAUCAAGAAAGUGAGAGUGACAACAGAGUCUCCACUAAUGGAAACUCUGAGAUGGACGAGUACGAGACGCUGACGGCCAAGUUUCACUUCGUGGAUCUGGCCGGGUCCGAGAGGCUGAAGAGAACCGGAGCGACGGGCGAGCGAGCCAAAGAGGGAAUCGCCAUCAACUGUGGGCUGCUCGCUCUGGGCAAUGUAAUCAGCGCUCUGGGCGACCGCAGCAAGCGGUCCUCCCACGUGCCUUACCGCGACUCCAAGCUCACCCGACUCCUGCAGGACUCGUUAGGAGGAAACAGCCAGACGGUGAUGAUCGCCUGCAUCAGCCCGUCUGACCGCGACUUCAUGGAGACGCUGAACGCGCUGAAGUACGCCAACCGAGCGCGGAACAUCAAGAACAAGGUGAUGGUGAACCAGGACAAGGCCAGCCAGCAGAUCAGCGUGCUGAGGACGGAGAUCGCCCGCCUGCAGAUCGAGCUGAUGGAGUACAAGACGGGUAAACGGCUGUCGGGCGAGGACGGCGUGGACAGCUUCAGCGACAUGUUCCACGAGAACUCGAUGCUGCAGACGGAGAACGGCAACCUGAGGGUGAGGGUGAAGGCCAUGCAGGAGACCAUCGACGCGCAGAGGGCGCGGCUCACACAGGUGCUCAGCGACCAGGCCAACCAGGUGCUGGCCAGGGCAGGCGAAGACGCAUCUGAAGAAAUUGGAAACAUGAUUCAAAGUUACAUCAAAGAGAUUGAAGAACUGAGAGCCAAACUCCUGGAGAGCGAAGCCGUGAACGAGAACUUGAGGAAGAAUCUGUCUCGCGCCUCCAACCGCCAGUCGCUGUACGGGGCGCCGUCGCUGCUCGCCCCCGAGAAGGAGACGUCCGACAUCAUCGAGCUCGCCAAGAAAGACCUGGAGAAACUGAAGAAACGAGAGAAGAAGAAAAAGAAAAGACUCCAUCACCUGUUGGAGGAGAGAGAGAGGGAGGAAAGGGAGGAGGUGGUGGAAGAGGUUGAUGACGCCAGCGCCGUCAAGGAGGAGGUCCCCGACAACGAGCAGGAGAAGGGCUCCGAGAAGGAGAACGCGGAGCGAGGCCACGAGGACGCCGACAUCGAGGUCCGCGAAGGCAGCGACCACGAGGAAGGAGGAGAGGAGGAGGAGGAGGAGGAAGAGGAGAUGGACGUGGAGGAGAGCUCCGACGAUUCAGACUCCGAGACGGAUGAAAAAGAGAACUUCCAUGCCGACCUCGCCAACGUCACCUGCGAGAUCGCCAUCAAGCAGAAGCUGAUCGACGAGCUGGAGAACAGCCAGCGGCGGCUGCACACGCUGAAGCUGCAGUACGAGCAGAAGCUGAUGAUGCUGCAGUGCAAGAUCCGGGACACGCAGCUGGAGAGGGACCUCGUGCUGCUGAACAUGAACACGGUGGAAACCGGCACGGACGACAAGUCGCGCAAGAUCAAGGCCGAGUACGAGAAGAAGCUGAGCGUCAUGAACAAGGAGCUCCAGAAGCUGCAGUCGGCGCAGAAGGAGCACGCCCGGCUGCUGAAGAACCAGUCGCAGUACGAGAAGCAGCUGAGGAAGCUGCAGGUGGACGUGGUGGAGAUGAAGAAGACGAAGGUCCGCCUCAUGAAGCAGAUGAAGGAGCAGCAGGAGAAGAACCGGAUGAACGAGUCCCGCAGGAACCGAGAGAUCGCGUCGCUGAAGAAAGACCAGCGGAAGCAAGAGCACCAACUGAAGUUACUGGAGGCUCAGAAACGGCAGCAGGAGCUGAUUCUGAGGAGGAAGACGGAGGAGGUGACGGCCCUGAGGAGGCAGGCCCGGCCCAGCUCCGGUAAGCUGGUCCGGAAGGACCCUGCGCAGGACUCCAGCUACAGGCCUCCAUCUGGACGCUUGUACUCCUCCGGCAACGCUGCUCCCAGUGGCACCCGGUCCUCCUACAGACGCACAGCUGGUAUCAACUCCACCAGAAUCGCACGCAACAAGUGGCAGUCUCUGGAGCGCCGGAUCACCGACGUCAUCAUGCAGAGGAUGACCAUCUCCAACAUGGAGGCCGACAUGAACCACCUCCUCAAGCAAAGAGAGGAGCUGACCAAGCGUAAAGAGAAGGUCAUCAGGAAGAGGGACCGUCUGUCCAGGGAGGGGCCCGAGGCGGAGAAGGCGGCCGUUCCCCACAACGAGGAGGUGGACGUCUUGACGGCCAACAUCGACUACAUCAACGACGGCAUCGCCGACUGCCAGGCCAACAUCAUGCAGAUGGAGGAGACCAAGGAGGAAGGCGACACGGUGGACAUCUCCGCCGUGGUCAGUUCCUGUACGCUGACGGAGGCUCGCUUCCUGCUGGACCACUUCAUGCUGCUGGCCAUCAGCAAGGGCCUCCAGGCGGCCCAGAAGGAGUCCCAGGUGAAGGUGAUGGAGGGCCGGCUGAAGCAGACAGAGAUCACCAGCGCCACGCAGAACCAGCUGCUCUUCCACAUGCUGAAGGAGAAGGCCGAGUUCAACCCGGAGCUAGACGCCCUGCUGGGCAACGCGCUGCAAGAGCUAGGUAACUUCCCAGCCGAGAACGGAGACGAUAGCAGCAGCGACGAGUCGGCCCAGAGCCCGUCGGCAGAGGGGAACACGUUGACAUCAGACCUCAUGAAACUCUGUGGGGGGGAAAACAAACCCAGAAACAAGGCCCGCAGGAGGACCACCACUCAGAUGGAGCUGCUGUACGCCAACAGCGACUCCGCCCCCGACGCGAUCUCCGUGGCCGACUUCUCCGGUCCGAUGCCGCCGUUGGCCGAGGCGCCGGACGGGGGAGGGGACGCGGGCUCAUCGGUCAGGGACUACGCUGCGCUCUCCCCCGGCUUCUCCUCUAAAAUGGGCAGCAUUUCUGGCUCCAGAGCCGCGUCGGGGCUGGAGCGGCGCUGUGCCGAGCCUUCCCCGCUCUCUCGCAGGAAGGCCUACGACAGGGCGGCGGCCGACAGGGCAAAGGUCAAGGAAGCCAAACAGGGAGUCAUUAACCCGGUGCCGCCCACUAAGAGCAGUCGGUCGGCGACGCUGCAGUGCGUCCACGUGGCGGAGGGACACAGCAAAGCCGUCCUCUGCGUCGACUGCACCGACGACCUCCUCUUCACCGGAUCCAAAGACCGGACCUGUAAGGUGUGGAACCUGGUGACGGGUCAGGAGAUAAUGUCCCUGGCCGGUCACCCCAACAACGUGGUGUCGGUCCGCUACAGCUCCAGUCUGGUCUUCACCGUCUCCACCUCCUACAUCAAAGUCUGGGACAUUCGCGACUCGGCCAAGUGCAUCCGAAUCCUCACCUCCUCCGGUCAGGUUAAUGUUGGCGACGUCUGCGCGUCAAACUCCAGCCGGACGGUCACCAUCCCGGCAGGAGAGAACCAGAUCAACCAGAUCGCCCUCAACCCCAACGGCAUGGUUCUGUACGCCGCCGCCGGGAACUCGGUGAGAGUCUGGGAUCUGAGAAGAUUUGCAUCCACGGGGAAACUCACCGGUCACCUCGGCCCCGUGAUGUGUCUGACCGUGGACCAGUCCAUCAACAACCAGGACCUGGUGAUCACCGGGUCCAAGGACCACUACAUCAAGCUGUUCGACGUGACCGAGGGCUCUCUGGGCAGCAUCGGGCCCACGCACAACUUUGAGCCCCCCCACUACGACGGCAUCGAGUCCCUGGUGGUCCAGGGCGACAUUUUGUUCAGCGGCUCUCGAGACAACGGCAUCAAGAAGUGGGACCUGGGCCGCAAAGACCUCCUGCAGCAAGUCCCGAACGCCCACCGCGACUGGGUGUGCGCGCUGGGCGUGGUCCCCGGGUCCCCGGCCCUGCUGAGCGGCUGCAGGGGAGGGGUGCUCAAGCUGUGGCACACGGACACGCUGGGGACCCUCGGCGAGCUGAAGGGCCACGAGAGCCCCAUCAACGGCAUCGCCACCAACAGCAGCCACCUGUUCACCGCCUCCGACGACCGGACGGUGAAGAUCUGGCGCGCUCGCGGCGGACUGGACAGCACUUUGGAGACGGCCGACAACGCGGACGAGGUGGCCAGCGUCUGACACCCCCCCCCGAAGGACACUUGAGGGCCUCUGUUGACGCCGCCGCCUGCACUUUGACCCCCGCGCUGCCCCCGGACCGUCCUCCACCUGCGACGUGUGGUAACGUUCCGGGACCGACGCACACGGGGAAGUCGUCUCAUCUCAUCAGACUCUCUCUUCCUUCAGCCGGGACUCAAGGGGGUCGCGCCGAUCCGUUUUAAUCAAGCCGUAUUGUUUGGGACUCGUCUUCCUCCUCUUCCUCCUCUUUGUGCGCCGAAGACGACGCAGCGCCGCGGCUCGGGAGGCUUUUGAGAGGAGAAGGAGGAGGAGCGGUCACGUCUCUGGACGGAGGAGGAGGACGGCGAGGCAGAGCCAGCGGGUUGGCAGCUGGUCUCCCCAACCCCGUGGACACACACACACACACACACACACACACACACACACACACACGGUAACAGAAGUGUCUUAACUGUAUGUGAAGAAGACACACCACUGUACCGCUUAGCUUCCCUCGUCACAGAAAGCUCUGCACGGUAACGGCCUCGCCACCUUUGGGGAAAUCCCAUUAUUUGUUGUUUUUUUUGCUGGGAAUUUGUUUGUUAGCUUAGCAUAACAACAGGAAAUGGUGGAGAGGAAACAACGCGACCUCCACGGCUCACGAAUCACAAACUGAUGUGUGUGAAGAACCAAAAGGUAGAAAUCCAGCGAACACACGGCAGCAACUCGUCUUCUACCAGGUGGAGAGGGAUACAAAUAGAUAUAUAUUUGUGAUGAGACGUCGUCAUGGAACUCAAGAAGGGAAUCCUGCGCGAGUGUUUUAGGUCUGAAAUGUUCUGCUCAACAAAUGCAUGUUGGGUAUAAAUGGGAGAUUUCCUUUUACAUUUAGUAAAUUGUCGCAACAAAAAAAAGCCCGAAUUAACAUUCUUGUUUUUAUUCUGUUUGCAUAUUAGAGUGAAAAGUUUUUCUCCAGAAGGACUUUGGAUCUCUUUUUGUUUUUAGUGCCGACACGUUGUUGGAAAUGAAAAAUGCAAAGUGCGCCGCUUCCGCUCGUUAUGCUAAGCUAACGAGCUGCCGGCGCGUCAAACCGAUCCUGGAACUCUUGAGCACUUAAAGUCUCCGAGACUCGAGCGUGAGCGGAGGUCAGAGGUCAGAGGUCGCUCUGCUUGCCGUCGUCUGAAAGCGUAUUUAAUCACCGAGUCGUGCCGCUAAGUCGAGCGCUCGCCUUCCUCUCUCCACCCGACUGCGGGGCUUCUUCUUCUUCUUCUUCUUCUUCUUCUUCUUCUUCUUCUUCUUCUUCUUCUUCUUCUUCUUGAUUUCUAGCCGCCACUUGUGAAUGUGCAAAUGUAACGUACGCGAGCGACGUGUUUAAAGUGCGACUGAAUGUUAGUUCUGUGGGACCACGAGAGGCCCGGAGCCGAAGCUCCGCCUCCAACGAGGAGGCGGCUUGUGUCGAGUGGCCUCCGGGCUCGUUUAUUGUUUUUCUAUUUAUUUGUUGUCCUUUCCGUUCGUCCCGCGGUCCCCGUGUCCCUCGCCUCCGGGGCGUUCCCACGCCGGAGUCGUCGUAGCCGCGUUCCCAAAAGGAGGCGCCUCUGUAGCGACGCUCACGUCGGACGCCUCGCGGGAAUAAACGCCGUCUGGCAAAAAACAA